UUCGCAGCCUCGCCGCACCGCUGCGAUUUGUCUUGCGUGGUGGUGUGUGUAUGUCUGCUUGCUCUCGUGCAGUUUGGUUGUGAUCGCGCCUCGCAUACGACAAAGCCUAAAGACCGUACGGAGAGGCUUGAAGACGGGCAGCUUAGUUCGGGUAUGAAACAUGGAGCUCUCGGCGGCGGGAGAUCGCAUUUUUGCCGCGGAAGCGAUACUGAAACGCCGCGUUCGUAAGGGAAAACUUGAAUAUCUGGUCAAAUGGAAAGGAUGGGCCAUGAAGCACAGCACUUGGGAGCCAGAGGAAAACAUCCUGGAUGACCGGCUAAUUUUGGGCUUUGAGCAGAAGGAGCGGGAAAGGGAAAUACACGGUCCAAAGAAACGUGGACCUAAACCCAAAACGGCUGUCAUGAAGGCUCGUCCUCAAAAAGGCGAAUCCAGCAGCUCAAGCAGCCGUCAGACCACACCACACCCCACCUCCAGCCGAACGCCUCCGUCCUCUGCGUCGUCUCCCCAUUUGCUGUCCUCUUCCUCCUCUUCCUCAGCUGCGGCGCCUUCUCCUAAGCUUAACUCUCUGGCCGCCACCCACAAACUAAAGAAAGACAUUCAUCGCUGCCACCGGAUGUCCAGGCGCCCCCUUCCUCGCUCAGACCCCAUGGCGUCCACCUACUCUAGCGCAGGGGGAUUCCCCUCGCGCAUGCACGUCUCCCCGUUUUCGGAGACCGUCCGCAUCCUGAACCGUAGAGUCAAACCGCGAGAGGUCAAGAGAGGCCGAAUAAUCCUCAACUUGAAGGUCAUUGACAAGCCAGGUAGGGGUGGCUCCGCCUCAGGAAGCAAGAACACGGCAGCGGGACGCCAAAACAUUCCUUCUCGUAACCGCAUCAUCGGGAAAAAGGGAGAGGCCCCUUACAGACCCUUCCAGCCUCCUCUGAAGAUGUUAGGGUUCCCCAUGUACGGCAAGCCGUUUGGGCUGCAGUGUGGAGGCCCUGUGCCUUUUCCCCCACACCCUGGAUCAUGCUCCAGCACAGGGACGAGGGUUAGCAAGAACGCCUCCUCUCGUUACCAGUCACCUCCUUCUCCCUCCAGCUCCAGUGGCUCGGGGGAAAAAUCCCCCACCGGUGUCACAGCUGCACAAUCCCAGCCUGCCACUGAAGACGUCCCCCCAAGCAAGGACAGCAGCACUCCUGCAGAAGGAACUCAGCCCGCUCCUGCCUCUUCUUCAGAUCCAAACCCUGCAGCGUCAGCAGCGACCUUCCUCCCUUCAUCUCCAUCUUCAUCCCUAGAUGAAGAACAGGGUGCUGAGGACCGUUCAGUCCCAGAAGAAGGAGGUAAAAAAGAUCCCUGCCAGCGUAGAGCUAAACAACCGCCACCCAGUGCAGCUCCCUCCAUCCCUGCAGGGGAUCAAACAUCCCCCCUCACCGACCCCCCAAGAGUGCCUACUGAAGGGGACACAGACUGGCACCCCGAGAUGGCGCCCAGCUGCAAAGAUGUAGUGGUCACAGAUGUGACCACCAACCUUGUCACGGUCACCAUCAAAGAGUUCCCCACCCCUGCGUCUGGGCCUGCUUCGCCCUCUGCGAGCCCCCAAAAUGCCUCCUCUCCCCCUCAUGUGACCAGUUCAGAGGAGCCCAGCGCCACUAAGCCACUCGCUCUUCCAUCCUCUGCCGUUUUAGUCAGAAUGAAGUUCUUGGUGGUGGUCCUGGUCGGGGCGGGCUCCCUGGCCUUCCUCGGUGCGGCCAUCUGCAUCGUCGCCAGUGUUUAUCCCCGGAAACGUGGCGCGCCCUCCGGCGAUAAUGCCACGCUGACCUCGGAGUCGGAGGCGCUGCUGCAGCCGCUGGAGCCCGGAUCGGUGGCUCAGGCCGGACCCCUCGGCGCGCUCCACGGCGCGGGCUCCUACGAGGUGGAGAACGGACUGGGCGGCAUCGGGCUGGAGGUUCCCACGCUGAACGAGCUCAAUCUCGGAGAAGGAACCGAUGGAGGCUCCGCGAAGCAGUUCAGCUUCAGCCGACUCAUCUGCACCCCGCUGCCCGUGGGAGAAUGCCGGAGCAAAACCCUGAGGCAGCAGGCGGACGAGCCCAUGUACACAACCGGGGACGAAGACCUCCGGACCACUGCGGAGGAGCUCCGGCAAAUGGUGCUGCAGCAGAACGACCAGAUCCUGAUGGACCAGAGAACCAUCAGGGAGCUGACGGGGAAGCUGAGCGAGUGCGAGCGAGGCUUGGAGGACGACCGGGUAACACCUGCGCAGGGCGUCGGGGUGUGGAGCGGGAACCGACGCGUCAUGGCCGGGGAUGAUGUGAGUGGGGCGGCGGCGCAGCUGCAGACGGCGCGCGCGGUGGAGGAGCUGGCCAGGGCCAUCAUGGACCUGAAGGACCGCAUCGAGAAACUAGAGGCAGAGAUAGGGCCCGCUGCCUUGAACAUUACAGACACAUUUGUGGGUGCAGGCGGUGGUGGCAGCAGCAGUACCAGCGGCGGCGGUAGCAGUAGCCCGACCGGUAAUUCUGGAAAGGCUCCAGUUCCGUCGACGGCGUCAUCCCCAGGGGGCCGCCGUCCCGGUUCGCCUGCAACCUCUGGCCCCAAGCCUUCCUCUAAAGGUUCCUCUGGGCGAAAGGGCACCUGGCGGGUGGAGGACCUGGAGGGGGAGCUGGAGAGGAAGAUAAAGAUGCUGGAGAAGGAGCGACAGGCCAUGAGGAAGGAGACACAGGGCCAACAUGAGAAAAUCAACCAGGGCAUUGGCAGCGUUACUGACCGUGUCACUGAGCUGGAACACACACUUACGGAGCCACCGUUUCCUGAAGGCUUUGUCCUCUCCUUCCCUAUGCGGACCAAUUACAUGUACGGGAUGGUCAGGAAAGAGAUCACUGAGAUGUAUGCCUUCACUGCCUGUUUGUGGCUCAAGGCUAAAGAAGGAGGCAUUGGGACGCCAUUCUCCUACUCUGUGCCAGGUCAGCCCAAUGAGCUGGUGUUGCUGCAGGGGGUCCACAAUCCAGUGGAGCUGCUCAUCAACGAUAAGGUGGCGCAGCUUCCUCUGUCCUUGCCACAGGAUGAGUGGCAGCAUAUAUGUAUCAGUUGGACCCUGAGGGAUGGAGUAUGGAAGGCCUACCAGGGGGGCAAGAUGAAGGGGAGAGGGGAGGGGCUUGCUGCCUGGCACCCAAUCAAACCAGGAGGAGUCCUUAUACUGGGACAAGAACAGGAUACACUGGGUGGGCGUUUCGAUGCCUCCCAGGCUCUCGUCGGUGAGAUAUCCCAAUUCAACCUGUGGGAUCGGGUGCUGAAGCCUGCAGAGGUGGCCGCCCUUGCUGACUGCAGCUCCUCAGUGCUGGGAAACAUCGCCCCCUGGACCGAUCAUGAUGUAGACGUCUACGGAGGUUCCACCAAGGAGUCCUUGGACCCGUGCCAUGCUGCUCAGAGAUCCAGCCUCAACAGCCCCAAACAGUGAAGGCUGACACAGAAAGCCAACCAGUCGUGGUUCAAAUUAAAGGGGUUGAGAAGUUGAUUCUGGUACAAAAUUUGGGUUCAAGUACAUUUGCUUGUUGGGGCUAAAAAGCUUGCUGAAGGACUGAUAGCGCUAUUAAGUCGUAAAGAGUGGUGUAUCCGUUUUGUUCUUUGUUUUGUUGUCCACAUUUAUGUGAUUACUUCUGCUGCGAGCAAAAGUAAAUGUAGCUCUGCCAAAGACCAGUACGUAUGGAAGGAGCGGUUAAUGGCAUCAACAGGUUUGACGGCGCUUUCCAAUCGAGCACGGAUUGGUUUUGUGUAAAUUUGUGUGAAUCUUGUUAGGCCCUUCAUUCUGACGUGAUAAUGCAGACUAAUGGCUUUGACGGGUUUGUAGGCAGUCAUGAAAUGAACUUGUAACUAACGGUGUCUUAAUUUUGCAACACUUUCUAUCUUUUCUCAUUUUGUGUGACGUGGGUUAAGUACAGCAGCUGAUUUCUGAGCUCCUCUUGUGGUCGUGUGCGUUCCAUCAUUUUAUAACUGCAUAUGAUUCAUUUAAUGAAUGUCUUUAUGCUUUUUUUCUAUUGCAUAUCAUGAUCUGGAAACCGAAAUGACUUCUAAAUGUAGUAUGCGUAAUGUACCUCUGGUAAUGUUGCUAUGUGCUCGUCUGCCCCUCUUGCUGUAAGCUUGUCACACUUCUCCGAGUCCUGCAGUAAAAAUGUUGCAGCGUUUUCCUUUGCAACCUGACAAUGCAGCACUUUCUGCUGACCUCUGAAAUAAACAGUUCACGUCUCACUAAGCAGCAAUCUCG